GUCAUAAUAGUUGAAUUUUGUUAUUUGUUGAUUAAAAUAAUUGUUGUAAUUAUGAUUUUAAAGUAUAUAGGUUGUGUGUUAGCUGCUAAUGAUGGUGAAAAUCGUGUUGUCAGUAUCGCUUGGUCACCAAAUAAUUUAAAAUUAGCAGUUGCUUUAGCAGAUAGAUCAAUUUAUCUUUUUGAUGAAGCAGGAGUUAAGAAAGAUCGUUUUUCUACGAAGCCAGUUGAUGCUAAGUAUGGAAAAAAAAGUUAUGUUAUAAAAGCAAUUUCAUUUUCUCCGGAUUCAACAAAAAUAGCUGUUGGACAAACAGAUAAUAUUGUUUAUGUUUAUAAAAUCGGUGAAGAUUGGGGCGAAAAAAAAGUUAUUUGCAAUAAAUUUGGACAAAGCUCAUCAGUAACAUGUAUGAUUUGGCCAUCAGAGGGUCCAAUAAUUGUUGGUUUAAACGAUGGAAAAGUUCGUGUUGCAAUUUUAAAAGCCCACAAAGCACAAACACUUUAUACAGCUGAUGCUAUGACACUAGCAUUAGCAGCCAAUGAAAGAAAAACUGCAUUUAUAUCCAGUCAUGCUGAUGGUAGUAUUAUAAAAUACCAUUUAAAGAACGAUGGUCACACUGAACCUUCAGGUAGAAUAUUAACUCAUGGAGUACCUGCAUACGCUUUGGCUUGGCCUCAUGAUCACAUUUGUGCUGGAGGCAGUGACAAAAAAUUGACGUUCUACGAUUCUCAUGGCAAAGUAAUAAAAACUCUUGAUUAUUCACGUGAUAAUACUGAUAAAGAGAUCACAGUAGCAUGUUCCAGUCCAAGUGGACAAAGUAUUGCCAUUGGUUCGUGGAAUAGAAUUAGAAUAAUUGAUUGGAGUCCACGUCGUGCUGUUUGGGAAGAAACAAUCAGCCGCGUAUUGCCAAAUUUUUACACAGUUACAGCUUUGGCAUGGAGAAGAGAUGGCUCACGACUAGUUAUUGGAGGUCUUUGUGGUGCUGUUGAACAAUUUGAGACUGUUCUGAAACGAGCAAUGGUACGAGGAAGUCACGAAGUUGCAUACGUAGGUCCUAGUCAAGUUGUCGUCAGGUCUCUCAGUGGUUCAAAUCGUCCUGUUAGCAUAAAGUCUUACACUGGGAGCGAAAUUGAAGAUGUUAGAGUACUAGGUCGCAAAGACAAUCAUAUUAUAGCUCGUACAAGCUCAACUUUACUUAUAAGUGAUAUCCAAUUGAAUUUACUGAGUGAAAUACAAUGGGAAGAUAAAUCAAACAGUGAAAAAUUUUUCUUCGAGUAUCCUGGAGUUUGUUUGAUAUUUUCAUCCGGAGAAUUGACCAUCGUUGAGUAUGGAAAGAAUGAAAUACUUGGCUCGGUAAGAACAGAAGCUGUUAAUCCACAUGUUGUAAGUGUGCGCAUAAAUGAACGUCAGGUUCCAGGUAUGCCUGACAAUAAACGUCUAGCUUAUUUACUAGACUCAAGGACGGUAAGAAUUGUUGAUUUGAUAAGCGGAUCAACGAUAAGUAUUAUUGGGCAUGAUGCACGGGUAGAUUGGUUGGAAUUAAGCGAAACUGGUCACAGAUUAUUAUCGCGUGAUAAAAAAGCUCGACUGUGGUUAUGCGACGACAAAGCCAGCAGAAUAUUGCUGUUAACUGGUACAGGUUUUGCUUCAUGGGUGCCCGGGAGUGAUGUAGCUGUUGCUCAGACCGGAGAUAAACUUGCAGUUUGGUACAAUGUCGAUGCACCUGAAGCUUCAACGCUUAUUUCUAUACGUGGUGAUGCUGUUGACAUUGAACGAGAUGACGGUAAAACAUCAGUUAUUGUUGAAGAGGCUGGUUCUCGUUUAAAUUAUCCGUUGGAUGAGGGAUUGAUUGAAUUUGGUACAGCUUUGCAUGACAAUGAUUUUGGGAGAGUUAUUUUAUUUCUUGAAGAUUUGGGUGAUCGUCCAGAAGCAGAAGCUAUGUGGGAAAAUGUAGCACGCAAUGCUAUGACUGAAAAAAAAUUAUUAAUCGCCGCUAGAUGCUACUCGGCACUUGGAGACGUUGCUUAUUCAAGUUUUCUCAAAGAUAUUGUCAGAAUUGGUGAAGAGUAUGCCCAAGAAACAGGUAAUGAUCCUUUGACUAGCCCUGAAUGUUGGGCAAAAUUAGCUAUUUUAAAUGGUGAGUUAAAAACAGCAGAGGCUAUUUAUCUUGAACAAAAUGAACUGGAUAAAGCAUUGGAGAUGUAUCAAAAAUAUUGGCACUGGGAGGAAGCCUUGGAUUUAGCGGAAAAUCGUGACUGGAUUGGAUUAAAAAAUCUAAAGGAUAAACAUUUAGCUUGGUUACUGAACAGUGGACAGGCAGCUCGAGCAGCGGCGAUUAUCGAGUCAGAGGAUCCUCGUCGUGCUGUUAAACUUUUCUUAGAUGCAGGUCGUGCUGGUCGAGCCGGGCGUCUUCUUUUGUCAGACGAAUCUCUGUUAGAAGACUCUAAAAUUACUGGUGAAGUUGUAAAAGCGCUUAAAUCAUCAGAUCUUAUGGAAUUAGCUGGAGAAAUUUUAGAAAAAACCAAUGAUACUUCUGGUGCGAUAAAAUGUUAUCAAGACGCUGGAAUUUUUGCCCGAGCUCUAGAUUUAGCAAGAUCUGUUGAGCCAAAUUCAGUUGUGAGUAUUGAAAAAGAUUGGGGUUAUAAUUUAGCAACCGCUGGACAUCAUGAUGCUGCUAUAAAUCAUUUUAUAGAAGCUGGUGAAAUAGCGAUGGCUUUGAAUUCUGCGAUAAAUGCUCGUCAGUGGCGUAAAGCUCUUCAAAUAGUUCAGGUGAUUGACAGCGAGGAUCCAGCUAUUCAAGAAAAAUGUUAUAAGCUUGGAGAAUACUGUGCCUCAAAUGGUGAUACUAAUUUAGCUGAAAAUUUAUUUUUACGAGCCAAACAUCCGAAACGUGCAAUUGAAAUUCAUAUUAAAACAAACAACUGGUCGCGAGCUUACGAAGUUGCAAUGGAACAUAUGGAGUCCACUGAAGCAGUUAAAGUUUUAAUAGAACACGCUGAAAAAUUACAAGAGGCUGGGAAUUUCCGUUAUGCUGAAGCUUUAUUUGUUGCUAUAGGUGAGUAUGAUGCAGCUAUCGCAAUGUAUCGUCGUGCUGGUCAUCGGCAUGAUAUGAUUAGGUUGGUCGCUGAGUAUCGUCCAGAUUUAUUAAAAACUACUCAUGCGUACUUGGCACGAGAACUGACGGCAGCUGGUAAAGCACGUGAAGCUGAAGAGCAUUUCAUUGGGGCUGAAGAUUGGAGAGGUGCUGUGGCCGCUUACAAGGCCAAUAAUUUAUGGGAAGAUGCCUUGAGAGUUGCUAAACAGGAAUCUGGUGAUACGGCUGCUCAACAAGUUGCAUUAAUGUGGGCACGGACUCUUGCACCAGAAUUGGGCGCUCGAUUAUUAAUACGGCUUAAUUAUUUUGAUCCUUGUCUCCUGAUGGCUUGUGAAGCUAAUUUAUUCGAUUGGGCACUCGAUGCUGUAAGAUAUGGAACUCCAGAGCAGCAACAAGAGGUCCACUAUAAAUAUGCAAUGACGCUGGAGGAUGAAGGUAAAUUUGCUGAAGCAGAAAAAGAAUUCAUUCGAGCCGGUAAAGCUACUGAAGCUGUACAAAUGUAUAUUCAUACAAGAGACUGGGACGCUGCUGAAGAAGUCGCGCAGUCAGUCAGUCAAGAAGCCAUGGCACAGGUACUUGUUGCCAGAGCUGCUGAGGCUGUUGAUAAUAAAGAUUAUGCAUUUGCUGAGUCACUUUUGCUUCGAGCUCAUAAGCCAGAGAUCAUUAUUGAUCAUUACAAAUUAGCAGGAAUGUGGUCUGAAGCGAUGCGAGUUUGCCGAGAGUAUCUUCCAAGCCACGAGGCAGCUCUACGCCGAGAAUUAACGCACAGAAGUUCCGGAAUCGAUGGAACAAAUAGUCUAGAUGAAGCAAGACGUUGGUUAGAAACUGGCGAAGUUCGUACUGCGUUAGAUAUUUUAAUUCUCGAUUCAUCACGACCAGCACUGAUUCAGGCAGCGGAAAUUUUAUUGAAUCAAGCAGAUCCCGAAAUGGUUCUUCAAGUUGGCGGUGAAUUAGGUUCUAAGUUAGUUGUAACAGGAGAACAUGCUCUCGCAGCUCAGGUUUUCCUUCAAGCAGACAAAAUAAAAGAAGCUAUCAAUGCACUAGUAUCAGUUGGAGAUUGGAUGAGAGCUCGACGUAUUGUUCAUGAGCUUGCACCUGAUCUAGAGUCUUACUUGGACGAUAAAUAUCGUGAAAGUGCUCGAGAUAGUGUUCUUUCUGACAACGACCAAGGACGAAGCGAACGUGAUGGUGAUAAGUCUUUAGAAAAUUUAGCUCGUAAAGGACAGUGGAUACAAGUUUUCGAAAUAGCUAGCUCACUAAACUCUGAAGUUUUGCAUAAAUAUCUGGCACAACGUGCUGCCCAAUUACUGAAGUCUGGAACACCAGAACCAGCUUUACAAUUAUAUUCACAGUAUGGAGCACCUCCUAUUGCUCAAUAUCACAAUCUUUACUAUCGUCUGGCUGAAAUGAUUUUAAAUUUGUAUCAAGGAUCACCUGAAUCACGAUACACACGAUUAUCACAAUUACGAACUUUUCUUCUAGGUCUUACAAAACAAAUUGAAGGAUCUUCAGCUAGUGAAGAUAAAUUUGGAAGACUGCUACAAGCCACUCAUUAUUCAGCUGUCAAAUGCGCCUGUCAACUAUUUCCUAAUCUUGCUAAUCUUGUUACUAAGACAUCAGUUUCUCUUUUGAGAUACAGCGACGUGUUAUUAGUUGACCGCUGUUACUAUGAGGCAGGAACUCAACUGCGCAAAUCUGGAUCACACAGCGAGGCUUUUGUCUUUCUUAAUCAUUUUUUGGAUCUUGAAGAAUGCAUCGAAGAGGGCGAUGGCAGUACUCUAGACGUCGAUGAUCUACGAAUCACAGACUUUCCACUAGAAGUUCCACGUCCUGGAACACUCAGUUUAACUCAAGAAGAGCGAGAAGAUGUACGCGAAUGGGUACUGGCUGUGUCAAUGGAUCAAAAGGUCGAACAAGGUUUGCCUGUUGAUCAGCGAGGCGUCUACAUUGGAUCUCUCACCUGUCCAACAAAUGGUUCAGCUGCUUUACAACCUUGUGCUUUAACUGGUUAUCCAAUACGUUCAUCGGUUGUUAGAUUUGAGGGAAGCAAUCGUGUCGUUGAUCGAGACGAUUGGAAUAAACUUAUAAAUGCUUCUCGACAAGCUCCUUCUGAAUCACCACUCAAUGAUGUUGUUGCCUUUAUACAAGAAUGGUGUGGUUCGUUACCUAGUUUUACUUUUUGA